UUCCGAACCCUGGGGCCCCUCGACGACCCUCAUGGCUCAGAUAGAUAGCUUCUUCUCGUUACCCUGUACUUAAUGUCAAUAAACUGCCAACUACGGAGUGGAGGCUCUGACCAAGUCUCACCUUUUCUUGUUGUCUCACGAGAAUACCACCCAACCAAAACACCCUCAAACCGAGGUGUUAAUUUUUUUUGGAUUCCAGCCCUUCCAAACCAAUCUGCUGGUCCCUGAAACCCACAACACCUUGGCCCCCGACGCUCUCGGACUCGAUCCCCCCGAGAUACAGCCACUAUUGACAUUGACACUGGAACGGCAACUCAUCUUGGGGCACGCACGGGGGCAAAUUAUCACACCUCUAGCUCGUCAUGACUUCGGCACACAUCCUCCGGUUUCCCCGGUCAGAGAGCCAAGGUGGCUUCGUCAUCAUCCAAGCUACGCCUAUACGGUCCAAAGCAUUGGAUGUCAAGUUGGUUGGAACUGAUGGCGUGGAGCCCUAUGCCGUUUCCUUGCGUCAAGAUAAAGCCGCUGCACUUCGAGUCAAGAACAGCCCCUGCACAGAGGACGAAUGGAUUUCCAUUCUGACUGCCGUGCUACAACAAGAACCAGCCAGCGACAUCGAGGUGCUCGCCGAUGUAGAAAAUGAAGCCGUCCUUACUUUGACUGUCCGGAGAAAGGGAAAGGAGUUUACUCAACGUCUCGGCGCCAUCGAAUUGAGCCACAGCCCGCAUGAGCUGAUUGAGCUAUUCGACUGGUGUGCUCUGUCGGCGCAGGUGGCCAAGGAGGCCAAGGAAGCCCUAGCCUCUGCAACCGCAACAGCGAACCGGCUUGAAGAAUCUGUCCGUGAGCUCAAAGCACAGCUUGACGGCCUAAUCGCGGCCAAGGAGGCCGACGAGUCGGAACUGCUAGAGAAGUUCCGCGACCUAUUAAACGAGAAGAAGGUCAAGAUCAGACAGCAGCAGAAACUUUUGGCGUCUGCGUCUGUCGAGCCCGACAAACUAGCGCAGGUACAGAGUUCUCAGGCCGCAGGAAAAGGCCAUGCCGCAGCUGAGUCUAGGCCGGCCAAGAGGAAGACCGCCCCCGCCCCCGCCAAUGACGAUAGCUCUUCCGAUGAAGGUUUCGAGAAGAUGGACGUGGAGCAAGCUCCUGAAGAUUCAGAGCAUCAGCGCGACACGACCGAAGACGAGGAUCAGACGGCUAGUGAAGAUGAUGAUGAUGACGAGCCAGCAGCGCCAGCGUCUAAGAAGCAACAUGAGUCUGUGGGAACUUCACAGGCCGAGGGGCAGGCCACGGCCGCCCAAAAGGAAGCACCUCCAAUGAAGAGGGAACUCCCCUUUGCCAAAAAGAGGGCCGCCCCGAAAGCACCACCUCCGCCCGCUGAAAGCGAGACGGAAUCUGAUGACGAGCUUUGAUAUUGAUUGGGGACGAAAGCCAACAGAGUCUACAUAAAUGCUCGUGUUGUCAUGUUUGGUUCUUCAUGCCGUCAUAUCUGGCGUCGCUAGGGACGAUUACACACUUGACAGUUUCUCAUUAAUCCUCCCGAUGAAUCGCUACAUAGACAAUUACUUGACGCUAUGGUCCGAGAUGUUCAGACGGCUCCCAGUGAUAGACCCACUUAGCUCUUGUCAUCAGCGUCGAACCUGUUCUUCCAAAACCCGCGAACAUGUUUGGUUUCGCCGGCUUUGGCGAUCUCA